AUGUCGGCGUAUAUAGUCUUCGCGACUCAUGAGCGACCUAAAGUGAUUCGCGAGAAGCCCGACAUAGCCUUCGCCGAUGUCGGCAGGGUCAUUGGCGAACGGUGGCGAAACCUCGCAGCUGGUGACAAGGUGAAGUACGAGCAACUGUCUCAGAAGGACAAGGGCAUUCAACCCGCCCGAUGGCUUUCGCGGGGCGACGCAGUGCUCAGGCUUGUCGCGGUGCUUCCGGCACUCAUCGUCAUGCUGAAGGAGUGGGACGCGAACCUCUAUGCUCUGGUUACAAGUUAUAGGUUUCAUUUCCUUCUCUUCUUCAUUGCUGAUGUGCUUGAGCAGCUCAACAUCCUGAACCGGGCGUUCCAGCACAAGGAGAUCAAGCGCACAACGUCCCACAUCGAGAGCCGCUACGUUGAUUGCGGCGACGACUUCGGUGGCGGCGUGAGCGAGCUGCUGUCCCCCUUCAUCACGCGCCAUGGGCCAGGAGGAAACCGGGAGGUGAAAGUCGAAGGGAUUGACUCGGACGGCCGUCCAGCACGCUUCAAAUUCAUGCUGGAUGAGGACGAGCUGGAGGAGUGGGAAGGGCCCGGGUCCCAUGAUGGCUGUGUAGAACUGUGCACGGAGUUCGCGGAGGUGAUUGUUCACCAACUCGAGCAUCGGCUUGGCGACCUGGAUGGGAUGUUCGGGGUGAAGGUGUUCCUGCCUGACGAGUAUCCGUUGGAUCGAGCCGAGAGGAAACGGAGGUGCCUUCAGUGGUUACGGUCGCUGGUCACUUUGUUCAAGGCCGACCUGACGGAAGAGAUCGUGCCAGGUAAGCCUUUUGUGUGUGCCUUUAAAAAUUGCUGGCUCGUUCCUUUGUUUGUGUUCUGUGCGACACUGCAAUGA